GAAUGGAAUCUCAAAUCAAGCAUGCUGUUGUGGUCAAAGUAAUGGGUAGAACUGGAUCUAGAGGUCAAGUGACUCAAGUGAGAGUUAAGUUUCUUGAUGAUCAAAAUCGUUACAUUAUGAGGAAUGUCAAGGGACCAGUGAGGGAAGGUGACAUUCUUACUCUGUUGGAGUCUGAGAGGGAAGCUAGAAGAUUGCGUUAGAUCAAACCCACACUUCACCAAUUUGCAGUUGCUGAAUGUUAUGUUUUAACUUCAAAAUAGUAUUGCUCUUAUCAUUUUUUUCCUCUUUUAUGUGUGAUUUUAGUGACAUUAUGGUUCUAAGCCAGAAUACGAGUACUUUAAUUGAGUUUUGAAACCAUUUAUUUCAAAAUUUUGUGGCUAUAUGCCAACUGCUCAAUAUUAUUGGUGUUUUUUUGGAA